AUGCGUACCUCCAUCUUCGCCGCUGCGUUCCUAGCAUCACUCGGUGCUCAAGCCAAAGAUGCCAGCACCACCAUUGGAAUCUUCUCCCCCACAUGGGCUAACAACCUCCCCGGCGUUACCAGCGUUGCCGCCAGCGUUGCCGGUAUCAAUGCCAAAGCCACCACAUAUCAUGUUGGAUGUGUGGAAGGCGUCGACAAAUCAGUCUGCGAUAUUCCCACUUCAUGGACAGUUACCCAAGGUCCCGAGACCGUGAACUUUGCCGCACAAUAUGUCGCCACUAGCUCAGGCACAGACGGCUACGAUGUUACCGUCACCGAAACAUAUGACUGCUCUUUCAAAUCCUGGUCCGAAUCCGCUAGCUGCACUAUGAGCGUUAGCAUGGGUGGAACCCUAAGAGGUGGUAGUACUGCCUCGUCAUCCUCUACCAAGGCGAGCACUUCAGUGGCAACUAGCAGCUACUACAAGUUGGACGUCACUGGAGGAGUCAAGUCGUUCACGGAUCCCGCCGCAACGGAAACACCUGGUGCUGCCGCUGCUGGACCUGCCGCUGCUUUUGUCACAGCUGCUCCUAUGGUUGCUGCUGCACUCGCUGCUUUGCUUUGA